AUGAAUCAGGGUAAAAGGGACCUCAUGGAAAGGCAUGAAGGAAGAAGGAAAGUUCUUGUCUUUCUUUCCUCCAAAGGCAGCGGGAUGAGGUCUGCUGAAGACAGUAUGCGCACGACAGUUCACCGCGACCAGGCUUCAGCCACAUAUCUGGAUAGCGAAAUAUGCUGCUCACUGUAUAGUAUUGAAGUAAAGUGCAGCUCGAACAUAAAACAACCGAUGAAUCCACGGAAUAUAUCGAUCGACCGACAUGAAGAGAAAGACCAAAUUAUGGCAGAACUUCAAACCAGGAUAGAAGGAACCCGAGGGUAUAAAAUGGGAUACCGACGAGUUUGA